GUUAUUUUUGAAAGGUGACAGUUCCCAUUCUUCAAAAUAAAAAAAACUACCAAGUUUUAAACAAAAUAAUGGACCCAUCCCAACCGAUCUCGUGUGCCAAUCGCACCGGUAGAUUUUUCGCCCUGUAUUGGCGGGUCCUGGUUCUUAUCGCCACCCCCAGCUUAGCUGCGUUAGUAUUCCUGGUGGAUACCAGCCCAGCCUACAGAUGCAUGUUUGUCGUACUGAUGAUGGCUAUUUUUUGGAUAACGGAAGCGCUUCCCCUUCCCAUAACUUCCUUGAUUCCGGUGGUUCUAUUUCCGCUGCUGGGAAUCUUGGACACCGACCGUACCUGCAUGAUGUACAUGAGAGAAACUUUGCUGAUGUUCAUGGGCGGAAUAUUUUUGGCUCUGGCUAUUGAGCACUGCAACUUGCACAAGCGGAUUGCAUUGAAGGUGAUCUGUUCGAUAGGAUGCAGCCAGCGGAAGCUAAACUUUGGAUUGCUGUCGGUAACGAUGUUUGUUUCGAUGUGGAUCUCCAACACUGCCACGGUGGCUAUGAUGUGUCCGAUUAUGAAAGCUGUUCUGGAGGAACUGGAGUCGCAAGGGUUAUGUCAAAUGUACAUCAAAGGCAAACCGGAUGACGCUGAGAAGCACAGCAAUGAGAUACCAGUUCCGAGCAGAAUUACAAUUUGUUAUUACACUGGAGCAGCCUAUGCAGCCAGCAUUGGAGGCUGUGGCACUCUGCUGGGAACAGGAACGAAUCUGACCUACAAAGGAAUAUACGAAAACCGCUUUCCCGAAGGAAACACGAUAGACUUUUUCCGAUUCACUAUCUUCAACACCCCUGGCAUGUUGUUGGGAACGUUCUUGGUGUGGAUCUACCUGCAGGUGGUCUAUAUGGGUAUGUUUCGGCCGAAGAGCAAAGCCGCUCAAGAGUCGAACAUUAGUAAGGAAGGGGAGGUUAUCGCACAUGGAGUUAUUAUGAAUCGGUACGGGGAAUUGGGACCGAUAACGUCCCACGAAAUAAGUGUGGCCAUUUUGUUUCUUACAUCCAUUGCAUUGUUUUUCACUCGGAAGCCUGGGUUUACCACUGGAUGGGCUGAUCUGUUACCAGAAAAGAAAAUUCAAGACGCAACCCCUGCAAUUUUUACAUUGAUCGCACUAUUCAUAUUUCCUGCUAAUUGGCAGUGGUUGAAUUUCCUCAAGAUUAACCCAACAUAUCUUCCAACACAACGAACGCCAAGUCUUAUAACAUGGAAGUACAUCAACGAUAAAACACCGUGGAGUUUGAUAUUUCUUCUUGGCGGUGGAUUUGCCUUGGCCGAAGGCGGAAAAGCUUCCGGAAUGUCCGAAAUGAUUGGCCAGUGGUUGUCCGUAUUGAAGCAUUUGCCUUUGCUUCUACUGCUAUUCAUCGUUUGCUUUGUAGUACAAAUACUAACUGAAUUCGCGUCCAAUGUUGCUAUUUGCAAUAUCGUUCUUCCGGUGAUGGCCGAAAUGUCCCUAGCGAUCGAGCUACAUCCCUUGUAUCUGAUGCUCCCGGUGGCGAUCUCGUGCAGCUACGCAUUCAUGAUGCCCGUUGGAACACCUCCCUUGGCGCUGGUAGCCGGCCUAGGACACAUUCAAACCAAAGAUCUGAUGAAGGCGGGCGUCGGGGUGAAGGUCAUUAUGCUGCUAAUCAUUUGGGGAAUAUUUCCUAUCUACGGACCGUUGGUGUAUCCGGAAAUCAACGAGUUUCCCCAAUGGGCACGGCCAAUGGAAAACGUAAGCGAGACCCCGCCGCAGAACGACUCUGUCUUCCAUAUGCACUAACUUAAUAAUCGUUGAAUUGUAAGUUUCAAGUAUUUGUGCAAGAUGUGUUCGUGGUUACCCUAUUGAUAGAUGAGUAGAAUAAUAUUUUUUUCAAGACCAUGAAUAGCUAGUUGAACUUGAUCUAAUUUAAGUGCGCCAAGCCGAGUACUUGACAUGGACUGCCGUACAAACAUCCCUCUUGUAAUCGACCAUAUCUCGGUACGGCUGUGAAAGUACGACAAUGCGUAUCGAAUCAAAUAAAAUCGGCCACCGUUCACACUAUUCACGGCAUUGCUCAAUCAGUACUUCAGAAAUGAUUUUGAAUGCAUUUGGAAUUAUGUGAUAUGGUUUGCCGACAAUAUUCCAACCUCCUUCAGGUUUGUAGCAAUCAAGCAGAUAAGUUAUCGAAAGACUGCAAAAGCAUGGUAGCCUAUAAGAGUAUGACUGAAGCAUAAAUGCUCAAACGGAAACAAAUCAUAGGCAGUCCCAAAAUCACAUAGUGGCGCGAUGUAAGUAAUACAUUAACAAAAAA